GUCGCUCCCAUUCUCUCUGCUCACGUGUUUCUCUUGAGUGAGGUUAUGUCAUGCUGUUUCAGCGCAAUAUAAACACAACAAGUAUUUUACAUUCAUGAUCGCAUUUUUGAGUUAGAAUUGACGUUAGAUUGACGAAGUAAAUUUCUGCGAGAUGGCCGAGACUCCUUUAAGUUUGGGCGAGAAGACGUUUAUUAUUCACGGAGUCGACCUUGACUUGAGGAAUGACGGUCGAUCCAGAUAUCAGUACCGUCCCAUCGAGAUCGAGACCAGGUUGAUGAAGCACGCGCAUGGCUCAGCGAGACUACGGAUAGGCAAUAUUACGGACGUACUAGUCGCCGUGAAGCUGGAGAUUGAUACACCGUACGCCGAAAGGCCGGAUGAGGGCAAACUGGACUUCUUUGUGGACUGCUCUGCUAACGCUACACCGGCGUUCGAGGGCAAGGGCGGGGACGAUUUGGCGACUGAGAUCAGCAACGUCCUCUCCAUGGCUUAUCAGACACCGGACGCCUUCGAUUUGCAACAGCUGUGUAUAAUACCUCAUAAGAAGUGUUGGAAAAUGUACGUGGACAUUUUGAUCCUGCAGUGCGGCGGAAAUUUGUUCGAUGCUGUGGGCGCUGCGGUGAAGGCGGCGUUGUACAAUACUGAAAUCCCGAGGGUCAUCACGGCAACGCUCGACGGUGGCGAGCCGGACAUUCAAGUGUCGGACGAUCCUUACGACUGUAUCAAAUUGGACGUUACGAAUUAUCCGUUGGUAGUGACAGUGUGCAAGAUCGGAGACAACUUCGUGAUAGAUCCAACGUCGGAAGAGGAGUCCUGCAGCAUCGCUAGUAUCCUCAUGUCCGCGAUGCCGAACGGCAAGGUGACGUCCGUGAUCAAGCUGGGAUACGGCAGCUUGCUGCCUGGCACCUUGAUCAAGAUGUUGCAGGUUGGAAAGGAUAUCAGUCUCAGGCUAAACGAAGUUCUUAUGAAAGGACUGGAAGAGGAAAAUAAGCUCGGCCAAACGAAGCCCGUAUUCGGCUUUCUCAGAUAAUAGACGCACGCGAUAAUGCUGUCAUGGACUUCAGAAGAUGCAAAUAUUUUUUGCGCAAAACUUCCCGCUAUUUGGCUACUAAUGUUACGGCACUAUUAACGUUUCUCGCAAUUAAACUCUCGCGGAGUGUUUCUGACACUUGCAAAGCUUUUAAGCUGCAAUGAGAAGUUGAAAAAUAAAGUUGCAGUAGCAUACUUUUUACUACAGUGUAACAAACUCGGUUUAAUUGUGUAUGUGCGUGUGUGCAACUUUGCAAAAUGUUUGGAUUUAAAGAUCAUUCCUGAUUUUGAAAGAAAAUCCUCACAGGACGUUAUGAGAGGUAUGUGUUUAUCUAUAAUUACAGAUCAAUGAAAAUCAGUCAAAUAAAUGAUACUAGAGUGUAUAGGUUUCAAUUAUA